AUGAAGCUUCAACUCGUCCUCCUUUUCCUCGUCCUUUUCCUCGUUCAACUGGCCUCCAGCGCUUCGGAUGUCACUUCGGAACUGGUUGGAAAGAAGGUAAAGCACUAAAAACCAUUUGGGAUAUGUUUGAAUGUCCAUUUUUAGGCUCAAACCUUCAAGAAGUUCAAUCGUCCCGGCGCCAGAGCGUUUAGAGUGAUGAACGGAGGAACUGGAAGAGCCGGGAGGGCCGGACGACCCCGUGUGCAGAGGGGAAUGGGCGUCGGAAGUCAUGGAAACGGAGGAUUCAAACGAACCACUCGACACGUGAAACGUCCGAUCGGAUAAUAUCGACUCCUACUGCGAAAUGAUUACUUUGGUCUCUUGGUCUCCAAUAAACUUUUUCGGUUUCUCAGUCACUAUUCAAGUUUUCACUAGGAUACGUUCACGUUAAAGAAUGUAAAAGUCGAGUUUUUGUAAAACACAAGCAUCAGUUGUGUUGACACUGUCAACUCGAGAAAGUAGCGUCGGCAAACAUGAAAGGCUAUUUAAUGAGCUCGUCAAUUAUUUUCAAAACUUGACGAAUAGCCAGCAAAAAAGAAAAUCCGACACACUGAAAUCUCAAAAUCACACUUCGAUCCGGACUAAAACGCUUUUUUCGGAUUUCAGACCAUGAGAUUCAGUGUGCCAUUUCUGUUUCAAUUUAUGCAUUUCUAAAGUUGACGAUCACAAAAAAGACAUUAUGGUUUCACUAACAUGACACAACUGGUUGACUGUUUUACUAUUUUUCUAAUUGUAAACCUUUCUCUGUUUUCCUAUCUUACUAUUGACCAUUCGAGUAAAUAAACAAGUCGAUCCGAACUGUUUAUCGCUAGUUUAAACGGAGAAACGGAAGUGGACACGAGUAUAAAACACGAGCCGAAUGAUCAGUUAUAAAAAUGAAGAUCCAAUGGAGUCUUCUCCUCCUCGCCACUCUUCUGUUUCUACUGGAAGCUUCUGCUGUUUCACAUCGGAACGAGAAGAGGGUCAGUUAGUCAUUAUGUGAUAGACAUUCGCAAACAAUCGAGUUUAGGGAGUGUUGAGAAGGAUUCGUCGCAACCGGAUCUUCAAUAGCGAGAAUGAGCAGAGGAGGUGAGUGAAAAGUUAAAAGCAUUGUAUCUCAGCUGCCGGUAGAGAUGUCAAAAAGUUGUCAACUGAUAAAAUGUACACAAUCAUUUGCUAACAAAUUUCGUUUUUCUUACAAACUGACAAACUUGAUUAUUGAUACCAAGGAAAUAAACGAGCGGAAACAGAAGGAAAAGGUGGAGCGGGAAAUUGCAAAACGAUUGGCUCGCGAGCAUGAAGAGGAGGACAAGAAACGAUCAAAAGGAGCGGCGAUUGCACCGCCCACGAUGCUCAUUGAGGAUGAGAUUCCGCCUGCGCCACAGACCGAUGAGCCGACACAGUCCGUGCUAAUGCCUCCGCCCUCGUUCCUUCCCGCAUUCGGAAAAGCGACGAGCCGAGGGCUCGGAAUCGCUGCGAACAUUAUGAAGAAGCACGGAUACAAAGAAGGACAAGGACUCGGAAAGUCGGAGCAAGGAAUGAGCACAGCGCUGCAGAUUGAAAAGACGGGAGUUCGGGGAGGUACAAUUGUGGCGGAAGCACCGAAAGCGCCCACUUUUGCGACGAAUUCGAUGGAAGCUGUGCAAAAUGCGACUAAAGUUCUUCAGUUGUGGAAUCUAAUCGAUGUGAGCGAAGUGUCGACGGAUGAAACCAAGAAAGAGUUCGAAGAUGAGAUUCGGGAGGAAAUGGAAAAGUGCGGACAGGUCGCCAAUGUUCUUGUUCACGUGGUGAGCAUCGAUUUUAUAAAAAGAAUAUCAUUAGAGCUUCUGGAUUUCAGGACGAAUCACAAGAGGAAGAGGGCCGCCGAGUACGUGUCUUCGUCGAGUUCACCAACAAUGCGCAGUCCAUCAAGGCCUUCGUAAUGAUGAACGGACGGUUUUUUGGCGGACGGUCCGUUUCUGCUGGCUUCCAGAAUGUUGACAACUACCACAGCCGACAGUUUUGA